AAAAGGAAGACGAAACGCAGCGGAACGGCAGAACAGAACACAAGAAGAAAAAGAGAGAACUGACAAGAGAAACGGCGACACGCGACCUCCUCCACUCUCCAGCCGGCGGCGGAGCUCUCUUCAUCAGUCUUCUCCAUCAGGUUUUGUGAAAAUUGCUCAUCGAUAAGUGACGAUGGUAUUAAGGAGCAUGAGUCUCUCCUCAGACUCAAACGCAGGUGGUUGAUGGAUUUACCAUUAUCCAUAAGUGAACAAAAAAGAGUAGAGGAAACACUUCCUCCUGAAGAUAAGAUGUUGCCCGAGUCAUUACUAAGGGAAGAUGAUGUAAGCUAUGAGGACAUCAGAACUUGUAUAGAAAUAGGGUUUGGAGCCCAUGACUAUAGUAAGGAACCCCAUUGUUUGGAAGAGGAUUUGCGAGUAUUUGAUUCACGUUAUGGUCUUCAAGAUAUAUACUUACUGUUGGAUGUUAUGACCAAUAAAGGUUUAUAUUCUUUUGUUGAGAUACUCACUGGGGGAUUGAUUAAAUUUGAGAAAACAAAUUGGAGUAUGAAGAGGACAAUUAAAAAAUUGCUCCCAGAAGUUAUUGCUACCAAGAAUGAUAAUUCCAAGAAAAAACUGAAACAACUUUUUCUACUAUUGUUGGACGCGAAAAAUUUUCGUGGGAAUCAGCUGGUACGCUCAAUUGCUUCUGAAGCCUAUCGUGCAGCUGCUGUCAAGGUACUGGAUGGACUUGAGGACUUCCCUUUUAGAACACUGAUUGCAAUGCAUAGGAAGCUGAAAGGUGUCAAGGGUUACAUCCCUUCCAUGCAGUCCCAAAAAUCUAGAAGGGGACGUGAUAGUCUAAUCAGAGUAAUCAAGAAAAUGUGCAUGAAGAUGCUAUCUGACCUUGGUAAUGUGAAAGAGCCCGCAGAACCGUUGGCUGGGGCCCUAGGAGUUGCAGGCUUAACAUUGAAGCUAAUAAUGAACUGUCCAGGUGUAAGAGAUUUCAGGAAAUUUUCGCCAGAAACUGAGGCAUUACAUAAUGAUAUAGCAAAAGCUAUUCAUUUGCUUGAUGAUUCAAAAAGAGUGAGCUUGAUAGAACUCAAAAAAGUGCAGUUUUUGCUGGAUCCUAAUUCUGAAUUGUCUGUUAGAAGUCUACGGAUGGCUGUACGGAAUUUAUUGACUGAAUACCUUUUUGAGUGCAGUGAUAUGGAAAAGGUCCCUGAUUGUUUAGUAGAAACUCUUGACAUUAUUAAUAGAAGAUCUCAAUUUUCAUCUCGUAAAAAACAUUCCUCUUCCAAAAUUUAUUCAUCUCCUCAAGAAUUAAUGAAGGAGGUAAUACAGAAAGAGGUAGAGCAUGUAUUGGCUAUCAGUGCUCAAGCAAAAGAAGUUCUAUUGGACUUGCAUCCAGAACAUGAAUUUGAUGAAGAUUUUGAUCAUGCAUACGUGGAGGAUUUUGAUGGAAAUGAUGAUCUCUAUAUUUCUGAUGAUGAUGAGCAUGUUGGGGAUAUUUCUCAACAUCAUGAAAUUCAUUCUUACAGUUCAGAUUGCCAAACAGAAAGUAUUGGUGAGACAAACCCGGCAGAGUCAAAUUCACCUGUCUCAACCAGUGAAAGAGAUGACCAUUCUCCUCUUCUUUCUCCUGUUGGGAGGUUAAAUAUACCCCUGGACUCUAUGCAUAUUACAGAUGCGGGCUUAGAUGAAACCAGUGGUUUUGUUCGUUCCCUGUCCUGCAAGAAAUCUGAAGUACCUGAUGAACAACCCAUAGUCGAGAAACAGUACCCAUCAGGAUUCACUGGGGAAUUGGGACAGCCUUACUCUGAUUCUCUUAAAGUGACAACUAAACAAAAUUUAUCUUCUCUCUGUGACAGUCCUGCCAGAAAUUCAAGCUACAGUGACCUUAAAAGUGAAGAUUCUACAAGUUGUUCCAGAGACACCCCAAAAUAUGUAGGUUCUGAUUUCCUAGUGGAAGACACAACUAUUGUCAGUAAGCAGCGCAAAUCAGGUAAUCAAUACCUUGAGGUUCAGGAAGCUUGUGAUCUCACAAGUAUGGUAGCCUAUCAUUUUGUGGGUCACAUGCUGGACAAGCUGGCCAAGAGUGAAGGCAUAGAAUUAUGUCAAGCUGAUAGAUUAUAUCUCCGAAGUUAUUCUUCAGUUCCAGAAGAUCUUGAAGAAUCUCUACGGAAAUUCUUGCCAUCCGAGUUCCCUGGUGUGUGGAAAGAUUUGCUUCGGCGCUAAGACUUCCACAUCCAAGGUCUGCAAAAUUCCGUGACCCCAGGAAAUGGAGAAUGCUGUGAGCUUCAGAAGCUCCUUCUCAAGCUUCCCACUACUCUGGCAUCAUUUCCCUCUUACCUCCCAAUUAAAAUCAGAUUUCAGAGGUUAAAGCAACAAAGUCAGCACAGCAUUGGAAUAAACCUCUAAUGGUAAGGAAUACUUUCAGGUCUGAUGAAAAUGGGCAGCUUAAUGGGUUUCCGAAUAAUGCCCAACAGAAUUUCAUGGGAGAGGUAAUUGGAGGUAGAGACAUUUAUGGUGGAAGGUCCAUUUCAAUAUACCAUGAACCUUGAUCAAGCCUAUGCCUCAUACUCAGACCCAUCGUUCUCCUCUUGCUUGAGGUUGAUGCUUCCUUCCUAUCUGUUUAUAAAUUUUGAAAAUGUGACGUUAAAAUCUUGUAAGUUAGAAAAAAGGGGCAAGUCUAAAAUUUGUUUUUA